AUGUUCUCUCAAGCCGGUCGGGAAAUUCUGAUUAAAGCAGUUGUACCAGCUAUUCCAAGCUAUGCCAUGAGUUGUUUCCGUCUCCCAAAGAAACUCAUCAAAAAUCUCCAUUCCUUGGCAGCUAAUUUUUGGUCGGGGGAUACCAAAGAGAAUAAGAAACUCCAUUGGAGUACUUGGGACAAGUUGUGCAAGCCUAAGGAGGAAGGAGGCCUUGGGUUCCGGAGUUUAACUGAAUUCAACCAAGCUCUUUUGGCCAAACAAGGGUGGAGACUCAUCCAUAAUCCACAAUCUCUUCUUUCUCGGGUCCUGAAGAAUAGUUACUAUCCUCUUACUUCCUUCAUGGAAGCGGGCUGUCCUAAUGGGGCUUCAUGUGUGUGGAAAGGAAUUUGUUGGGGUAGGAAGAUUCUGAAGGAAGGGGCUAGAUGA